AUGGCCGCCGUCGCCGGAGGAGCAGUGCUGCAGCUGCGCGUCCCGCCCACGCCAUCAUCAUCAGCGCCGGAGCAGCGGAGCCGAAUGGCGCAGUCGAUAAGGUGCGGCGCGGCCGCGGCGAGGGCAGCCGGCGCGGUGGAGGAGGACCACUACCGGACGCUGAGGCUGGCGCCGGGCGCCACCAGGCGCGAGGUCAAGAAGGCCUUCCACCGCCUCGCGCUGCAGUACCACCCGGACGUCGCGCGCCACCACGGCGACGGAGAAGACAACAGCGACCUGGACUUCCAGCGGAUCAACGUGGCGUACCAGAGGGUCAUGGCCAGCAUGCGGGAGGCGGAGGCGACGCUCGAGCACUGGCGCGCCCGCUACGGCCUCGCCGACGAGGACCUCGACCGGUACCGCCGCUACCUCCACGAGGACGACGACUGGUUCGCCGACCUCUGAACUCUACUCUGCAGCGGCCGGCGCGCGCGCGCGUGCACGCGUCGCGGUAGAUUUGUGGAAUGUCGCUGUGUUGUUUCUCCCCUGUUUUUAUUGCGGGGAGGAGGGAUGCAGCAAUUUGGUUCUAACAGUUGUAAUUGGAACAGCUUGUGAAUAUAGGAACAAUCCGAGGAAUUUUAAUUUGAGGAAAUUGUAACUCAGGAUUGCCUCUUUCGUUUUCAGUGAUAGUCGCACCGUCCAACUGACAUCCUGCCGGAUGCUUCAGCUUGCUUUCAUUUUCUACAUCGACUGUUCCCUUCUUCGAAGCUGAGCAAGGACUCUAAUUGUGCAA